CUGUCAAACCACCGCGGGUAUGGUACUAUUUUAUGUCCCAUACCUCAUCCGGCUACUGUAACACGUCUCUGGGUAUUUCAAUACAGCGUUUCCUGAAGUAGCGCGUAGAAAAUGGAACUGUAAGCCGUUCAGUUGCGUCGGUUUAUUUAUUUCGUCUGUGAUAUUGUAGAAUUUACUUGUGAUAGACUGUGAAGGUAGAUUUUUUUACUGCGAAAUAUGGGUAUCGAGAAGCAAGAGAAAUUACCGUAUCCCAAGUCGGUGUUCUUCAUCGUCAGCAAUGAGUUUUGUGAAAGGUUCAGUUAUUAUGGAAUGCGAACCAUCCUCGUCCUCUACCUCACCAACAUACUACUCUACAGCGAGGCGGACGCCAAAAUCGUAUACCACGCCUUCACCGUCCUGGUGUACUUCUUCCCUAUCCUCGGGGCCAUCCUGUCCGACAGCUUCCUGGGCAAAUUCAACACGAUAUUCUACGUGUCGAUGGUGUACGCCACGGGCAGCAUCCUCUUAGCCCUCGCGUCCGCCGAACCCAUAGGUCUUCCGCAGGCGGGAUUCUCGAUAUUCGGGCUGGUGCUGAUCGCCUUCGGCACCGGCGGCAUCAAACCGUGCGUGUCCGCCUUCGGGGGCGAUCAGUUCGUCCUUCCCCAGCAGGAGUUGCAGCUGUCGAGGUUCUUCUCGCUGUUCUAUUUCGCCAUUAACGCGGGUAGUUUGAUCUCCACCUUCCUGACGCCGAUUUUGAGAAACAACGUGCACUGCUUCGACCAAGAGAGCUGUUUUCCUUUGGCUUUCGCCGUCCCCGGGGCCCUCAUGAUCAUCUCCAUUGUCAUUUUCGGUCUCGGAAAACCCCUCUACAAAAUCAAGAAACCAGAAGGCAACCUGAUCGUGCAAGUAACCAAAUGUAUCUCACACGCCAUAUCCCAGAAGUGCAAGUCUUCAGAGAAAAAAGAGCACUGGCUGGACCACGCCGAACCUAGAUUCGGCGCGAAAAUGGUGAACGACAUCAAAGCUACCUUGAAGGUGCUCAUCAUCUACAUCCCCUUACCGAUCUUCUGGGCGUUGUACGACCAACAGGGCUCCGGCUGGACCUUCCAAGCGGUUCGAAUGGACGGCAACAUCGGAUUCUACACCAUCCUCCCCGAUCAGAUGCAAGUCAUCAACCCGCUCCUGAUCCUAGCGUUCAUCCCCCUGUUCAGUUACGUGGUGUAUCCCGUAUUCGCGAAAUGCAACUUCCUGAAGACCCCCCUCCAGCGUAUGGCCUGCGGGGGUUUCCUCGCGGCAGUCGCUUUUUGUGUAUCGGCGUUGAUAUCGAUCGCCUUGGAGGCAACCUACCCCGUGGUGCCGUCCAGCGGCAAUAUUCAAGUCAGGGUGUACAACCCGUCGAGUGGGAACCUUACGUUCGAAUCUUCAGAGUUAGGUAUCUCCGGAUCCCUGCCCCAGUACGGUUACUACGUGAAUAGAGAUAUUUCCUUCAGCGGAAAUAACUCGGUCCAGUUUACUUUCAAUGAGGAAGAGACGUCAUUUCUACUGGAAGAUGGAAAGGCUUUCGGCUUUUAUCUGUCUGAUACUGGAGUGAGUUACUAUGCGGACGAUGUGGAGAAGAGCGAGGAUGGAUAUCCGAAAAUCAGAACUCUGUCAUACAGCUCCACUGCGAAUAUAACAUAUUCUAGUGGUGACGAAUCCCUGAGUGUUGAAAACGGGGAUGAUUCUUUAAAAAGUUUAUCCUCCCCCGGAUCUUACAGCAUCGAAGGCUUCGAAGGGACCACAACGUUCAAGUUGGGAGGAACGUACACAGUCAUGAUUAACCACGCCACGGCUAACUUUGAAACCGUCACGGUGACCGAACCAAACAGCGUGCACAUGCUGUGGUUGCUCCCGCAGUACAUCAUCAUAACCGCUGCGGAAAUCAUGUUCUCCAUAACCGGUUUGGAGUUUUCGUAUUCGCAAGCUCCCGUUUCGAUGAAGUCGCUGAUGACUGCCUGCUUCCUUCUCACCACGGCGUUUGGCAAUCUCAUCAUCGUCAUCAUCGAGUCCGCCAAAAUAUUCGACAAACAGUCCAACGAUUUCUUCCUUUACACCGGUCUGAUGGUGGUGGAUAUCUUGCUGUUCACUUUCUUGGCGAUGAGGUACACUUACGUCAUUCCAGAGGAUACGGAAACCGAGGAACUCAACAGAGAAGACGCGGAAACCAAAAAAUUGUCGAACGGAAUCGAAAACCCGUCGUUUACGUCAGUCGACAAUUCCACUGCAAAGGAAUAAAGUUUGUCUAACGGAUGAAAUAGCGUUUAAACGUUUGAAAUAAUUUAAGUACCUACCCCCUUAAUCUGGAAUCACAUUAUUUAUUGACUGAAGUUAGAUAAAGUGAAAAAUGUUAUGUAUAUACAUAUGUAAAUAUAUUUUCUUUUAUUAAAAAGAAAUAAAAUGCUAAAUUAUUGAUA